UAUAUUAGAUAGAUGAUGCAUAUUAGAAUUUUUAUUUUAUUAAUCGCAAGAAUUUUCCGUAUCACUUCCCCCUUCCCUUCCCGCAAAAACUGACCCUUUUCGUUGUCUCUCCCUUUUUUCUCAAUCUCUGAUGAAGGUCAGAAAGGUCUGUAUAGAUCGCAGAAUGUGACUGCCGACAAUUUUCGCAUCUUCGUCAGAGAUUAUCGGAGGCCUGUCAGCUGCAAGAAGAUUUUAAAGAGUAGUUGGAAGCAAAAGACUGACUCCUUUGUAAUUUUCUCCAUAAGUUUCAAUCAGUUUUGUGAGUCAAGCGCCAUAGUUGAGUAGGGAUCUCGGAAUAAUCUUGACCUCUUUUUGCCGUAGAAGAACCAUAUCAGUCUCUCAUGGGCGUGAGCUACAUGUCAGUUUCAACAGUCUGCACUGUUCUAAGCUUUGUUGGUCUUCAGUGUUGGAUAGGAUGGUCACUUGAUAAAGUGAGUUCUGAUGGGCUUAUUGUCGAGAGUAUUAUCAACCCAUUGAAUGCAAGUCAGGCACUAGAGGCGAUUUUGGAUUCAUACACCACUAUUGCAUUGGUGGCCAAUUUUGUCAUUAACACAUUUGUUUUACUCAUUUUGUGUCUUAAGACUAUAUUCUUUGGAGAGUUGCACUCAUCGGAAACCAGGAAAUUGGCUGAACGCCUCAUCAACUACAUUAUUUACAAGGGAACUUUUCUUCCUCUGGUAGUUCCACCGACAAUAUUUCAAGCAGGCCUAUGGUCAACAUGGCUGGUCGUCCUUUGUUCUUUAAAGAUGUUUCAAGCAUUAGCCCGGGAUCGCCUUGAUCGCUUGAACGCUUCUCCUACUGCUACUCCCUGGAAUUAUUUUCGAGUUUAUUCUAUGCUUUUGCUGGUUUUAUCCUUGGACCUAUUCUGGAUAAAGCUGUGCCUGACCAUAUACAGCACAAUAAGCUCACCAAUAUAUUUACUGCUAUUCUUCGAGCCGCUUAGCAUUGCCUUUGAGACACUUCAGGCUAUUCUGGUUCAUGGUUUUCAGUUGCUAGAUAUAUGGCUCCACCACUCUUCAGGAGAUAUUGCAAAUAGUCGAAUGUCUAAGCUUUUUGAUGUUUCUGCUGCAGGUUCAUUUUUGGAAUGGAAAUGUGUUCUUAUUCGGAAUGUCGGUUUUUUCCUGGACAUGAUGACAUUAUUGAUGGCUCUUGCACAUUAUGUGCAUAUUUGGUGGCUUCAUGGCAUGGCGUUUCACCUUAUGGAUGCAGUCCUUUUCCUAAAUAUCCGUGCCUUGUUGAGUGCGAUUGUGAAACGUGUCAAAGGAUUUAUUAAAUUGAGAAUAGCAUUGGGCACCCUUCACGGUGCACUUCCCGAUGCAACAUCUGAAGAGCUCCAAGCAUACGAUGAUGAAUGUGCUAUUUGCAGGGAACCAAUGGCGAAGGCUAAGAAGCUCUCGUGCAAUCAUCUCUUCCACCUUGCAUGCUUGAGAUCUUGGUUAGAUCAAGGUUUAGCCGAGAAUUACUCCUGCCCUACUUGCCGGAAGCCACUUUUUGUGGGCAGACCUGAAAAUGAAGUAAACACUCGAGCUGCUGAAGUUUCUGGAGACGAACAGCUUGCUCGUCAAAUGAGUAUGGUACUUGACCGGUCGAACCUUCCUGGUCAUCCCCUUCCAACUGAAGUUUUUCGUAAUCAAACACAGAACCCUUUGGAAAACCGGGAUUGGAGAGGGGCUGGAGUUGAUUCAAGUUGGUUGGGUUUCGAUGGAGCGGGUCCUUCUACAGGUGUCGUCAGAUCAGGGAGUUUAGGUCGAGUUCAGAUGAUGAUGAGGCACCUUGCAGCUGUCGGAGAGACCUACGCCCAGACGGCACUGGAAGACGCUGCGUGGAGUCUUUUAGCCAUGCAUCCCUCCCAGGCCGCUGGUACAUCCAGUUCACCCACCCCACCUGCAAAUCCAACAAGGAGUCCUGAAAACGCUGCCGGUUUGCGCUUGAGAACUCCACACGCGGCUGCGGCUGCAGCAAACGACAACAUAGCACAUAUAAUGGCCAUGGCUGAAACUGUUAGGGAAGUUCUCCCCCAUAUCCCCGACGAAAUUAUAUUCCAGGACUUGCAGAGAACAAACUCCCCAACGGUUACUGUGAAUAAUCUGCUACAGAUGUGAAAAUAUGCUGUGUUUGUUGGUGAAUGCUUGAAGAAGUAAGGCCAUGGAUGCAGCUGAGCUGAGGGCUUUGAGUUUCACAAUCAAGUUAGGUGGUGGCUAAUGGAAUGGUCAUCCAACCCAUCUGUUGUAAUUUGAUGUAUCUGAUAUAAUAUGCAUAUAUAAAUAUAUAAGCUUCAUUUUGUAUAUAGAGGCAGUUUUAAUUUGUUAACCAGCUUCCAGAGAGAAUUGGUGAAAUAAUUCCUUAUAGCAACUAAUAAAAGGAAAAAAGAAAAAUUCUCUGUGCAUA